GAUAAAUAGACAAGUCUCGAAUUGUUGUUCCUCUCCUCAUUGGGCACUUCAUUACGAUAGCGGGAAACUCAUCGGCUUCUGGAAAUUUCCGUUUAUCCGAUUCCUACUCACGAGAGGAUGGCUCGUUACCUCAGGAGAUCGCUGAUCUUGUUCUUAGUUCUGGUCUCAUUAACCAUAUCACCGAGCCAAGGCUUUCUAGGGACAGAGAAAAAGAUCAAAUCUGCAGUCUUUUACUCACCAAAACUGGUGAUGAAUCCUGGAUCAGUCGCAAAUCCUUACUUACUCGACAUCGAUUUCCCAAGAGGGCAUAUCGGCCUCAAAGCUUUCGAUGCUGAAGUGGUUGACGAUGCGGGAAAUCCCGUCCCUCUACACGAAACAUAUCUUCACCAUUGGAUUAUCGAACCUUACUAUGUUCGUAAAGGUUCUAAGCUUCCACAGCGAGAAAUGUUUAGGAAUCACGGAUUUUCGAGGCAAGAUCCUGAAAGCAAUCUUGAUUCGAAAUCGGAUAUUAUUCUUGUGAAAAACGGAGGCUUAUGCAGGAGUGUAGUACUCAGACAUUACUUUGGUUUAGGAUCAGAAACCCGCAAAACCUCGACGUAUCUUCCUGAUCCCUACGCAAUUGAAAUCGGUAAUCCUGAGGAAACACCUGAUGGAUAUGAAUUCAAAUGGCUUCUUAACAUUCACGCGAUAGACACGAGAGGUGUGGAAGAUAAGAAAGGAUGCAUAGAAUGUCUUUGUCAUCUGUAUAAUGUAACCAUUGAUGAGUACGGUCGAGCUAUAAGACCCGGUUACAAAGGAGGUUUAUACUGCUGCUAUGAUAAGACUCAAUGUCGGGUGAAAAGCGGAUUUGACAAUGGGGAGAAAACAAGAACUCUGUAUUUGAAGUAUACCGUGAGAUGGGUUGAUUGGGACAACUCUGUUUUACCAGCUAAGGUUUAUAUUUUCGAUGUUACAGAUUCUUGGGAAAGAUCAGAGGGAUCAAUAGAAAAUAGCCAAGAACAUAUUUGCCAUGUGGAAUACGAGGUAAAACCGUGCAAAACCAAUGGCGAUGGAUGCAUUGAUGUUAGGAAAAAGAGCCUAAUGAUGCCAUUUGACGGGUAUAUUGUCUACGGCGUAGCUCACCAGCACGCGGGUGGUAUCGGUGGUGCUCUAUACCGAGAGAACGGUGAAGGAAUAUGCACUUCGAUGCCGAAGUAUGGCAAUGGGGAUGAACCUGGAAACGAAGCUGGUUACAUUGUUGGAAUGUCGUCUUGUUAUCCUGCUGAUCCAGUGAAAGUGAGCUAUGGAGAGACAUUGAAGUUGGAGUUUAAUUACAGUAAUGACGUUGGUCAUACCGGAGUUAUGGGACUCUUUUACAUCCUCGUUGCUCAGCAGCUGCCUGAACCAGAGAACUCCUUGCCUAAACUUUUUGAGGCACCUGCGAGAAGCUUGAUCUUUUUAGCCAUUUUUGCAGCGACAGUGGUGGUGGCGGUUGUGGUUCUAAUUGCCGUCGUGAUAUACCGUAGGCAGAACCGGGAAGAUGGUUACCAAUCACUUAGUACUUAAAGAAAGAGCAAAACCAUGUCGACUAUAUAUAUUUCUCCGAAGUGAAUUUUGUUUGUUGUAUACAUAGAAUAAAUGAUUAUUUUGCUGUCAUCUUCCUCUGAUGUGAUAUUUCUGUAAUGUUACGUACUUACGUGUAAGAAGAACUUUGCUUUCUCAAA